AUGGAUGAUGCGUUAUCGAGUUUUUUUGAUCAAAUUACCACUAUACGUACAAACUUGGAAAAAAUGGUUCAUCUAAGUGAAGAAAUCAAAUAUCUACAAUAUGAUAUUCUCCGUUCGUUGGAAGUUCAUCCUCAAAUUGUGGAAACAGUUUCACAAAAAAUGCUUGAAAUGAAAACUAUAACAAAUGACGUACGAAAAUUCCUUCACCAAACAAAACAAAAUUUAACUGUUCAGCAAUCGGCAAAGAGACGAAUAGAAGUGGCUCAAUUACAAUCCGUUACGCACCAAUUUCAUUUAAUAUUAAAUGAACAUUAUCAACGAGAAAUUACGUACCGAGAAAAGUGUAAAACACGAUUAAAACGUCAUUGUUCAUUAACCGGACGUUCAUUAACUGAGGAACAACUGGAAAAUCUAAUUGAACGUGAUUAUCCGUCAUUUUCAAUUCCAUCUGUGAUGAUUGAUAUUCAAAAUAGUGAACAGUCUCUAACACAUUUAGAAUCCCAAUAUAAUGAUAUUCAAAAAUUAGAAUUGAAUAUCAAGGAGUUAUAUGAUUUAUUUUUAGAAAUAUCUGAACUUGUACAAAAUCAAGACGAAAAACUGACAUCAAUUCAAGAAGAUAUUUUAAAAACAGAUGACUUCAUUCAAGCAGCAAUUAUAAAACCAGAACAAACUAAACAACUGAUGACUAAAAAGCCAUGGAAGUACAUAAUUUUAAUCGUUGUUACCAUAGUUAUAGUUAUCAUUAUUAUUUUUAUUUUCGUUUUAUGGAAGUUAAUCGCAUAAAAUUAUUAUUUUAUAAGCUUUUAGUAGCUAUAGUUAAGUAACAUUCAUCAUCUAAAAACUAGUAAGUAGAUCCGUAUCAAAUAAGGAAAAUCUAUCUUUUCACAUAUAUAUGAUUUAUAGACAUAUAGACAUUUGCUAACAUUUGCCAAGAUGUGAAAAGGUAGAGAUUUUCCUUAUUUGAUACGGAUCUAUUAACAGUUUUUAGAAUUAUUUAUCUGAUAUACAAUGGGAAUUCGCUUCUUAUAAAAAGACAAGUUAAACCUAAUGUUAUCAUGAAAAACAGUGUUAUGUAUCUAUUUAACCCUUUACUCUUAGUUGGGCGACCUAAAGGAGGCGCGCUUGCUUUGUACUUGUGAGCAGAGAUGUGCGCCGGUGCCGUGAUAUACAUAUAUGUGAGAUGUUUCCAUUGACAUUUGCUUCACAUUUUCGUUGUCUACAAAAAGACUUAUGUUCUCGCAUUUUAUUCUUCUACAGACUGUUAUAUAGUGUGUACGCACGUUAAAACACGCUUUCGUUGGAUUUCUUUCUCUUUCAUUCGACCACACAUCUAGUCUAUAUACUAUGACGCAAACGAUAUGAAACGAAGAAAUGUACUAUGAUGCAAAAUAUUCAAAUACAUAGUCUAUAGACCAUAUAGAUAUGCACCGAAAAAGAAAAUGUAGUUGUUCUCUUUCCGUAUGAUAUCACGUGUUUUGUCUUAAAUUUUGUGUGUGAUGUAGUCUAUAUAGCAAUCAUCCUUAUUUACGGAAGGGAACAAUUUCUUGUAUUUGAUAUAUUUUUUUCGCAGUUGAAUAACAUACACAAAUACAACAUUUAUUUUGAUAGAGUACUUUGAAGACUUAAUUGUAAAAGUAUUAGCAUGUUGCUGAAGGAGAAAACACUAGGUUCUCUCACUGAGAUAUUUCCGGUUUAAAUUAAUUAUCUACGUAGCUAGCUCAUGUCAUACCUAGAAGCUAACCAGUUCCAGAAAUGUUUCACUCAGUCGGCUUCCAACCGGCUUCUCAGGGGCGCUAUAAGCAUCUAGUGGAUGUUUCCCAUAAGAAAUUGAUCAAACACCAUUUUUAUAUUCACUUUUUAACGCUGAAUAAGUAAAAACAAAGUCAGAAGAACAAGCAAAUCAAAAAUUUGAACCUUAUUGAAACUAAAGAAUUUUUCGACAUUUCAUGUCCUGUGAGUAUUUUUGAUUUUUGGACAUGAAAAAAACUGUUGUUAAAAUUCUGAAAUACAUUUUCUUAAUCAGUUCGAUGAGCUCUAUCCAACGAUGAAUCAAACGCUCAAAAAAUAAAUUUUUCUUGAUCCUUGCAAUACGUGCACCUUAUCUAUAUUUCAAAUUACGACUCAUUGAUUAAAAAUCGAUCGCUUUAAAAUGCAAUAAAAAUGGGACCAGUAUAAUUUUAGUCGUUCCAAUUUACGACCAAAAUUUUACUAAACUGCCUUACAUUUUGGUCGCAAUUAGGAGUAGCCUCCGAAAAUGAUGCGUUUUUCGAAAAACUUGACCCCUCAAAGUUUUUCAAAUUUCUCGAUUUGAAAAUAUCAUUUCUAAAAUCUAAAAUCCAGUUUUUCUUACUCAGCUC